AUGGUGGGCCAUCCCGUUCAUCUAUCUAUCUAUCUAUCUAUCUAUCUAUCUAUCUAUCUAUCUAUCUAUCUAUCUAAUACUAAAACACAUCUGUCUCUUUCCACCAUUUUCUUUCCACCUCUCUCGUUCCAUUUCUCUGUUUCCAACUUCAUCUCUCUUUCCACCACUCUCUUUCCACCUCCCUCUUUCUAUCUCUUUCUUUCCGUCUCUUUCUUUCCACCUCUCUGUGACUCUCUUUCUCUUUCUAUCUAUCUAUCUAUCUAUCUAUCUAUCUAUCUCAGUCUCUUUAUAGCUAUCGGUCUCUAUCUAUCUAUCUCUCUUCUAUCUAUCUAUCUAUCUAUCUCAGUCUUUUUUCUAUCAUUCUUAUCUAUCUAUCUAUCUAUCUAUCUAUCUAUCUAUCUAUCUAUCUAUCUAUCUCAGUCUUUUUAUAGCUAUCAGUCUUAUCUAUCUAUCUAUCUAUCUAUCUAUCUAUCUAUCUAUCUAUCUAUCUCACUAUCAGUCUCUCUCUAUCUAUCUAUCUAUCUAUCUAUCUAUCUAUCUAUCUAUCUAUCUAUCUAUCUCAGUCUUUUUAUAGCUAUCGGUCUCUAUCUAUCUAUCUAUCUAUCUAUCUAUCUAUCUAUCUAUCUCAUCUUUUUAUCUAUCAGUCUUAUCUAUCUAUCUAUCUAUUUAUCUAUCUAUCUCAGUCUCUUUAUAGCUAUCGGUCUCUAUCUAUCUAUCUAUCUAUCUAUCUAUCUAUCUAUCUAUCUAUCUCAGUCUCUUUAUAGCUAUCGGUCUCUAUCUAUCUAUCUAUCUAUCUAUCUAUCUAUCUAUCUAUCUAUCUCAUCUUAUCUAUCUAUCUAUCUAUCUAUCUAUCUCAGUCUCUUUAUAGCUAUCGGUCUCUAUCUAUCUAUCUAUCUAUCUAUCUAUCUAUCUCAGUCUCUUUAUAGCUAUCGGUCUCUAUCUAUCUAUCUAUCUAUCUAUCUAUCUAUCUCACUAUCGGUAUCUAUCUAUCUAUCUAUCUAUCUAUCUAUCUAUCUAUCUCAGUCUCUUUAUAGCUAUCGGUCUCUAUCUAUCUAUCUAUCUAUCUAUCUAUCUAUCUAUCUAUCUAUCUAUCUAUCUCAGUCUCUUUAUAGCUAUCGGUCUCUAUCUAUCUAUCUAUCUAUCUAUCUAUCUAUCUAUCUAUCUAUCUAUCUCAGUCUCUUUAUAGCUAUCGGUCUCUAUCUAUCUAUCUAUCUAUCUAUCUAUCUAUCUAUCUAUCUCAGUUCAGAUCUAUCUCUGUUCAGAUAUGCAUCUAUCUUCAGAUCUAUCUCUUUAAUCUGUUCAGAUCCUUGUUCAGAUCUAUCUCUAUUUCUCUCUUUAAGUAUGUUCAGAUCUAACUAUUUAGGUGCGUUCAGAUCUAUCUAUCUAUCUAUCUAUCUACGUUAG